AUGUCCGGAGAUGUUAUGGGGGUGGACGACGGAGGGGAUCCUGUAGUCACCGAGGGUGAUAGUGACACUCGAUAUCUGGAGGAGAUAUUGAACAUUGUCGAGUACACCGUGUCGUUGACAGGGUUGGAGAAAUCUUUGUUGGAGUGCGUUGAGGCAGACAACCUAUUUUUGAUUAAAUUUUCUUUGGUGGUCAUAGGGACAGUCCUUGCGCUGAAAACGGGCUGCGAUAUCACUUCGGGGUACUUGCACUCCCUUAUGGUUACCAGGGACAUUCGCCACAAGAACGGGGCAACUGCCGGGUUCAGGUAUCUGAUGAACUCAAUUUUCAGAUUCCGAAAUAAGGCCACGAAGAAUGUGUCUGGCUGCACCUUAUUCCUCCAGUUGGUGUACUUGACUCACGUGGAGUGGAACUUUGGAUAUGUCGACCGAACAGUGCUCCCCGUUGAUUUUUGGGGUAGUAAACAAUGUAAGUCCGCUUACAAAUUUGUGAAAGACAAUGGGGGUCCCAACAGCGACAAGAUAACGCUCACUUCGAAUCCUGUAAUACUGCCCAACUACUACUCCGACUCGGAAGGAAGAAAGAGCAGUGACCACUUUGUCAGCUCUAUCAACGAGUUGAAGGAGUACUUCUCCAAUGAGUUAAAGUCUCAGUUGAGAUCAUUUUCUUUGAAAUUUAUGGACAAAGGAGAAGGUGUAGGUGGUAUUGACCGAGAGUUGGAGGAGGAUGCUGCUGCGGAAACGGGGAAGAAGGCGGAGUGCAGCCAGGCCGUGGAGGAGUCCCCAUUGAAGUCCCCUGUCCAUUCGAAGACUAAUGUUGUUGGUCUAUCCGACGAAAAUGUGGUGGAAUCUGUAAGUACGCCUUCACUAUCUGUUACAAAAUCUGUUGAAGAUGAAGGUGCUGCACAUAAGACCUUCGACGAUGAGGACUUUGAUAUAGUCGAAGUGGCAUCUUUCUGGAAUAAAGGCAAAACCCUCGUCAAAUCAAAGAAGACACAGUCAGAGAAUGUGCCUUUAAUUGAGGAUGACUUCAACGAUAAGGCGUACGAGCAAUUUGUUGAGUCGGGCAGAACUGUUGUCGGGCCUUUCAAGACGAAGGAAGCGAUCCCCCGUAACCAAUAUGGGUUUUACAAGUUUAUUUUUAGCAACACAUUAGAUCCGAGUUACAUUGAUUACAAUUGA